AUUUGCCAUACAUGUGGAAAAUAACCAGUCAAUACUUUACUAUUUGUGCUUUAUACAAACACAUCACGUUAAAAAAUGGUUGUACACUUCAUCAUUUCCGCCAUAUAGGAUUUUUUAAUCAUACAGCCGAUACGUUAUCAAUGUCUAUAUAAACUCUUACUAAUAAUAUAGUAAUCAACCAGGGUAACUUAUGUAAUAAUAAACAUGUUUGGAACCGUAUUUAUGCUAGUGAUGGCUAUCGUUAAGGUGUUUGGUGACUGCCAGAGCCCACCACCUGUUAAGUACUUUGAUAGAAAAGCGUUUGGGGGAUCAUGGAGAAUCCAUACUGUUAUUGGCAAGCCAGUUCUAGGUCCUGUGCCACCAUGCUAUGCUAUGAAAUUAACUGGAGCCGAGAGAUACAACGUCAGUAUAUCUUAUCGAGAUGGCGAUAAAAUGAAAUCAAUUAGUGGGGAAGAGGUUAGCGGUGAACAUGGGAUGUUUGUAUUCAGACUACGAGAAUCAGAUGUGAAGAUGGUAGUACUGGAUACUGACUAUAGCUCCUACCAUACCUCAUAUCAAUGCAAUAUGGAAGAUCCUACACGCAAUACUAUUCUAGUGGCUCUGAGAUCAACGGAAAGAGACGAACUGCUAAUCAAAAACCAAAUUACAAAAGCUCUGAAACUAGUGAACAUCACAGGUUCGCGUUGCGACUCAGACCAGAAAGAAUGUCCGAACAAACUCAGAGCUGUGAAGAAGUACCUAUCGUAAUAUAAGCUUACUACUUUCAACUCUUAUUUCAUUCGAUUACCACAGCCAUAUAUUGUCCAGACCUCUACAGUUAAGGAGAAAUACAUAUUUUUACCUGGAAGC